UUUCGUUAUUGUUGUUUUUCGCUCAAACGUUCUUAUUUGGUUCGCUCCGAUUCGGUUUUUUCGCCAUUUUCUAAUUAACGAUUACGUUACGAAUUAAUAUUUUCGGAAGGAAAAAAUAAGAUAGAGAGAGAAGGAGAGAUAAUUAUUGUAUAAAACAAGGAGGAGUUCAUAUUUAACGUAUUCUCUAAAUCGUAUUUAAAUUCCGAUAAUUCCGGAGAGUUCAAUCAUUGAUAUAAGAAGCAUAGCAUCAAACAGUAUUAAUUUAUUUAUUUAUUCGGAAGUUAAUAAGUGCUAAGUUAAUUCGUUCUAAAUUGUACCUAUAAGUGUCGGUGUACCUGUUUAUAAUUCCAACAGUUUGUUAAUUUUUACUUUUCGGUUUGCUGGUCGAGAAAUGUCUGUUAUCACCACCAAACAGAGCGUUUGCAAAUGGUUGCUCAAGCACCAACACAAACUGAAGCAAGCCAUCAGGGCGUGCUCGCUGCAGGUGAAGGAAGCUCCCCAAUUGGAUGAGUUGCCCAAUGAACGUUACGAAAUCGAAUCAGAUAUUAGCUUUAAAUACGAACAUCUUUCGACGAAAUUGGCGGAUCCGGGAUUGCUGCGAUCCAAGCCGGACGUCAGCGACUUGAAGUUCGGCCACUAUUUCACCGAUCACAUGCUCAAAAUUUACUAUCACGAGAAACUAGGCGGCUGGCAGAAGCCCAAAAUCCUGCCUUUCCAGAACCUCCAGCUCCACCCGGCCGCCAGAUGCCUCCAUUACGCUCUAGAGCUGUUCGAAGGAUCCAAAGUAUAUAGAGGAGUCGACGGGAAGAUACGAUGGUUCAGACCCGAUUUGAACAUGGCCAGAAUGAACAGAUCUGCAGAGAAGAUCGGAUUGCCCACCUUCAACCCCGAAGAGCUGAUAAAAUGCAUCAAGAGACUGUUGCAAAUCGACCAGGAGUGGAUACCCCACAGCGAAAAGGCCAGCUUGUACAUCAGACCUACCUUCAUAGCAAUCGAUGGAACUCUGGGGGUGGCCAAAAGCGAAUCCUCGCUGUUGUACGUGAUCCUGAGUCCUGUGGGUUCGUAUUGGGCGGGCGGGCAAAAGGAAGACGUGUCGUUGCUGGCGGAUCCGCAGUUCACGCGCGCCUGGCCGGGCGGUUGCGGCAGCAGCAAAGUGGGAUCCAAUUACGCCCCGACCAUCAAGGUGCAGGCGGAGGCGCAGAAACGGGGGCUGCAGCAGGUCCUGUGGCUGUACGGGCCGGAGCACUUCUUGACUGAAGUGGGAACUAUGAAUAUAUUUAUGAUUUAUAAGGACGACAACGGGGAUACGGUGAUGAUAACGCCGCCUUUAAACGAACUCAUCCUACCUGGAGUCAUCAGAGAUUCGAUUAUUAGAAUAGCGAGUCAGGAUAAAACGAUACGGGUCGAGGAGAGAAUGUUUACGAUGAGGGAAGUUUGCAAUAUACAGAAAAAAGGGAGAUUGAUGGAGAUGUUUGGCGCUGGGACGGCUUGCAUAGUCACUCCAGUAUCAUCAAUAGAAUACCUAGGUAACGUUAUACACAUUCCAACGAUGGAACAACCUAAUCCGAUCUACAGAAAAUUCAGAGAUUACCUUUCGGCGAUUCAGUACGGUCACAUAGAACACCCUUGGGGCAUGGUUAUAAGCUAAAGAAUUACCGAUUUAAAAUUUUUUACGUGACUGUGGUAAUCUGUAUAUAUUUAAUUUUAUUUUGUAAAUAAUGUAAGUUUCGUCCUAGAUGUUUGUUUAAACACGAAUAGUUAUUUUUUAAGAUAUGCAAACACACUAAUAUCUAUCGAAUUGUCUUGUUUUGAUCUAGUUUGUCAUUAGCAGCAUAAUUAAAGAUAUUAAAUAUUCACCGAGAGAUCUCCAAGUUUGACCUCUAUUGUUUCGUACAAAGUUAUGCAUUAUUAAAAUUUGCAACUUAUUUAAUAGACCAUUGGUGCAUGUUAGGUGCACAAAAUAUGAUUAUAUGUUACCUACAAGUACAGAUUGUUGUGUAUAGUUUGGCAGGAUAAUGUUUAUAAUGUUAAGAUUAAAUAAAUUAUUUUAUUAUUACAUCGUACUUAAGAUAUUUAUAAAGGCGCACAAACUUUCAUCAACUUAUAAGGAUUGGAAUUGCUGAUGAACUCCACCUCUUCGUCUAAACCUGGAUAGUCCUUAACCCACUUCCUUUCUCUGUAAUAGUCCAUGCAGCUGGUCAAUUCUUUGUGCGUGUAAUUUAGUACUGGUACUGGUACAAAAGGAUCUAUGUGCUCGAAACCUUCUUUCCUCAAUAAAUAUCUAAAAAUAUAUAUAAAUUCUCAAUUGCAAGUAAUUAAAAUUGUAAAUUAAUGUUACCUAGGUAAGUGGCAUGUUUGAUCCUCUUCAGCUAUGGCAAUUUCGUCUACAGUUAAAACAGCAACGCCGUUUUUCCAAUCAAAAUCCGUCAAUUUCAUGAAGGCUUCCGUAAGCGUAACCUUCUGCGGAUGAACAACUUCUUUCUUUUCCGUAUAAACUCGAGUGUUUGGAUAGAAGAACGCAUUGUACCCGUCUACAGCCACUAACGUUCUUACAACACCCUUGUUAGAGAGCUUUUUAAUCUCCUCAGCAAGGGCUAUUAUAACUUCCGAAGCGUACUUCACUCUGUUUAUACCGUGUUCUACCAGAGACAACAAAUCUGAUCCGGCCGGUGUUACUUCACGUUUACUCCAAACAUACUCGACAUCCGUUUUAAUAUCGGGCUGUGUUAAUAAAUGGGAAUUCUGCGUUUUGAAAUUCAAUAACCACGCUGCUGCGUCCAGGUUUAAAUCUACGUAACCCUCCUUAGUUUCGCUGUUGCUGUAUUCCUUACAUCUACGCAUCCAUAGGCCGACCCACGGAACGUGGACCAUCAAGAAACCAUUUUGGUAGGCGUAAUGUAGAACAUGUGCUAAAGCUAACGAUUUUCCACUACCCAUCUCACCAUACAAAACGAACCUCACCACAGGCUUUGAAAAAUCUAGGUUCUUCAUACAGUUUAUUAUAUCUAACGAGGGCUGUCGUAUCAUCAGGCAUGUUUCAUUAAAGGUUUUCGUUUGUACAUCAAAUGAUUUGGGGAGACCACCUAAAGUGAAUAUGUGUUUUCUGUCUUCUACGGGCACUUUAUAAAACAAACCGAGAUGAUCUACUGUGUGGUUCGCACAAUUCGAUUCGGAGGUUCGGAAUUUCUGUAAUUUAUCCGAAAGAAGUACAGGAGCACUAGAAAAACGCUGCACUAAUAGUUUCGGUUUUAUAACGUUUUUAAUGAGUAAUUUCGUUGUUGUUGCGUACAUAUUGGCUUAUUUUUUAUUUUACAUUUGUUGAAAUGCAGAAAUUAAAAGUUAGGUUAAAGUUAAUUAUUUCUUCUUUUUUAGAAUAGAA